AAGAAGAAGAGGAGAGGAUACGCAGACAGAUCUAGCUUGCCAGACCAGCCCCUUUUAUAUGCAGUGGUCGCGUGAGCUCAGGGGAGACAGUGCAGUGGCAGCUUAUUGCACUCUACUGCAUGCAAAACCACGCACAGCCGCACCAACUACAAAGGGCUGCCAAGGAAAUGCUCCGCUAUCCGUGCAAGGUAUGCAUUGUGUGCUUGACGGUUCCCACGUCAUGCCCGCGCCGCAGAUAUAACUGUGCCAUUCGUAGUAGUUUCUCGCUAGAGACGAAAAAUGUGUGCGCAGGUGCUUCUAAUUGUUUGUUGAAACCAGCAUGCUCACGUGGCCACAUGAUACAAAAGCAAGUCCGCAAAUCCCUCGGUCACCUAUCAAGCUCAAUCUGCGCCCGCUCGGCAUUGAGCCGCUCGACGUACGUCUUGUGGAACUGCGAGCUGGACCCCAGCGUCGAGCACAGCAGCAUCUCCUUCUCGAACUCGCCCGUCAGCUUGCUGUGGUGCCCUGUGUUGCGGAACAUGUCCACCAGGCGCUUGGUCUUGGCCUGCAUCUCUGCGUGCGUCGCGCGGGUCGCCCCCAGCAGCUCGCGCGCCAAUGCCAAUGUGCUGACGUCGUCUUGCGGCAUGAACUGCGGGCCGAUCUGGUUCAGCGCUAUGAAAAAGCACACCAUCGCCUGCUGCAGGAUCUGCGCAAUCUCGAACCCCGUCCGCUGCCGCACCACAAACUGCAUGGCACCAAUGAACACCGGCGUCGUCUUGCCCGUCAUUAUCAGCAGCUCCAGCACCGCAAAUGCCCCGAUCGCCAGGUACCGCCAGUAUAUGCCAUUGACGCCGAACCGGAAUACCUGCAGGAUGACGUUUCCGAAAACAAACGCUCCGUAUACGCCCAGCCGCCUAGGCACUGCUGCAAGCAGGUAGUCGUUGGCCGAUUUGCACGUCUGGCACGCCAGCGCACUGGCGCCCGCCCGGUCAUACACAAACUGGAGUCGUGGGUGUCGACAGCACCCUGUAUGCCUCCUGGACCUGAAUAAACUCCAUCUCGUUGCCAGUGUUCUUGUCCGGGUGCAAUGCCAGCGAGAGGUUGCGGAAAUUGCGUUUCAGCUGCGCACUCGAAACCCCCGAUGGCGAUACUCCUAGCAGCUGGUAGUAAUUUGUACCUAGGCUCUUCUCUGUGCUAUACAGGGUGUAGAAAAGGUAGAGCAUGAUAACAACUGCAUACGAGAGUCGCCGGUGCAGAUU